UAAUAGCUAAAUUUCAUUCCUAAAACAUGAUUUUUCCCAUGUUCAACUGGAUUUGCUAAGGGGGAGGGCGGAGUAGGCUGUGACUUCACACGUUUCUUGCGAUGCUGUUGUCACUCAUUGUGUCGGCGCGAUGUCUCAUGUCCCCUUUUAGUUUAUAGCCUAGGCUACUGACCAUACUCGCGCAAAUGGAUGCAAAUCCGGCCUUUUGCUUGUCUCUUCUUUACCGAAAUGAUCCUAUUUACUCACUGUGUGCCUCCGAUUUGAUGACUGCCUCUCAGACAGUCAACAAUAAAUUUGUGAAAGAGCAGAGACAACUCAUGAAGACCCUGAGGCAGCUGGAGCAUGAACGCAUCACCCAGAAGCGGCGGCUGGAGGAGGAGCAGAAACAGUUUGCGUUUGUCAUGACCAAGCGGCUGCGCCCGCGGAACAUCCACGCGUCUGUCAGCGCAGUCUCGUCGGCCAGCACAGUGUCGUCGGCCAGCGUCUCGUCCCUCCGGCCCGCCAGAUGUAUCCGCUCGGCCCCGCCAGCGCUGUCCACUCAGAGGCGAGGGGCCAGUGGACGAAACAGCGAGCCAAGACUCACCACUACAUGUGGGCAGUGUGAGAUGAUGACCCACUUAUGCCACUUGACCAGAUCUCUCCACAUGGACUCAGAAGACCGAACCAAACCAGCGGUUUUGAGAGGAGGUAUUGGCAGCUCAGACGGAAGAAACCGGCAGCAUGAGAGCCAACCCCCACAAGGGCGAACGGCCAGGAGCUGUCCACCAUCACUGCAGAGGAGGAGGGCCAAGCACACAGAGACAAUAUGCAUGGACAUACACCAUCAACAGACUGAAUAGUGGGACUUUUUCUUAUGCGAUUAUAAGCCACUAGAGAAUUGUUGGACAUUGUAUUCUCAUAGGAAUAGCUAAAAUAGAUCAAAACCUACAUCCGAAAUGUUCAGCAGUAAAGAGAAAGACCAAGGAUUUCAGGCAGCUGAGUUUAACUCAUUUUCUACCUGGCUCAACUCAAUUUAAUCUCAAAUCAGCAUGUGUCAUAGAAGUACUCAACUACUCCAUCAUUAUUGUAAAUCAUUUGAAAUGUCACAGUAGCUACUAGCUACAAGUAAAAAAAAGCAAAUAAAUGAAGGCAAAUAUUAACAUAGAAUUAUUUAAUAAAGAUCUACCACAGAUGGUUAUCUUCCACUAGAAGACAACAAUGUAUUCAUUUCAUGUGAA